AUGUCUCAAGAAUUUAAGUUGUUUCUAAGCCUGUCCGUUUUAAUAAUUGGCUUUAUAUUAACCUCAGCAGACACCAAAAUAUUUCUACCCGUUGAGAACUCUUAUCGCUCUGAGACUAUAACAUUGGAUAAUGAGCAACAUUUGUUGGUGAAAGGUUCAUUUGAAGAAAAUUUUGAUAUUCCCAUGGAUACCAAAAAUAAAUUAUUUUUAACAGUGUUUUAUGUGGCCGACAAAGAUGGUUAUAAAGCUAAAUAUGUUUUAAUGAAAAAUGAGUAUCCUAAACAUGCCGUUGUGUUAAGUCCUUCCACCUUGAAAUCAACCGCUGCGGAUACUAAAGUUUUAAGAAAAUUCAGCGUAUCUCUACGUUAUACUUUACGUGAUGAGACUAUAUCUCUAAAUGAUGAUGGAAAUUUAGUUGUGGAAGGUGGAAUUGUACAAAAAUUUUCCAUACCAAAUGAUGACAAGCAUGUACAAAAAUUAGAUAUUGUAUUUGUGGCUGAUAAGAACGGCUAUAGACCGAUUGUUAUAUUGGUUAAGGAAAAAUUUGAUGAUACGCAUCGUUUAGCAGUAUCUACUUUAAAAUCAACUGCUGAAACAUCAAAGAUGAAAAUUUGGCAAUUUUUGGCAGUUAUAUUAGUGCUAGUAUUAAGCUACACCCAAGGCGAGAUAAAAAUUUUAAGCAAGAUUAAUAUUUUCGAUUUAGACUCUCAGCGUCAAGAAACUAUAUAUUUGAAAAAUGAAAAUACUCCCGAAGAAGAAUUAAUUAUAGAGGGUACACAUGUGCAGAAAAUAUAUGCCAAAGAUAAUACAGAUUUUGUUUAUCGCAUUGAAACGAUUUAUGUGGCCGAUAAAGAUGGUUAUCGGGUGAAAUAUAAGCUAAUAAGAGAACCCACAAUGCAAAUUCUUUUAGGAUUGAGUCCCUCAACUUUAAAAUCAACAGCAGGUUAG